AUGGAUCAGCUCAAGAUGCGACGACUCGGCUACGGAGUCCAGCCGUGUCGUCGCGCUCGGCUCGUGUCCGCACUGCAUGCACCCUCCCCAUGCGGGCGGCCCCAGCGUUUCCGCGCCCGGACCGGCGCAAAAGAUAGUCCGUCAUGUUCUCGCCAGCAGAAGCGGCCGAGGACUGCUUUCUCGGGGAGCUACCCCGGCCUCUGCAGAAGCUUUAGUUUCGAGGACAAGCUCCUCGUCCCGUCGAGCGGGGACAGCUCGGACGAGUCGGAAUCCGACGAGGCCAGCGACGAGCUCCGCGAGCUCGCGCUGGAGCAGCUGUCCAUCAUGGGCGACCUCCUCGCGCCGGCGGCGUCCAGCAGCGCGGCGGGGGGCACGGCCACGCCUGCUCUGCCCCCGCCCCUGCGCACCACGCUCUACACGCGCAAGCCCUCGAGCUACAUCUCCCGCCAGCUCGUCAUGGUGCGUCUCUGCUCCUGGGAGUCCCGCGACGACCCGCCCACUGACGGCGGCGGCGCCUCCACGGCCCCAGCCCCGCCGCGCACCUCCAGCACGGUCCAGUGGCCGCCGCUGGGCAUCCCGGGCUCCCCGGGCAUCGAGACCGCGCCGGACGACGAGGACGACGUCGUCGUGCUCAGCGGCGAGGAGGACAGCCUCGUUGCGCAGCAGUGGAUCGACCUGCCCGACGCCGGGUCCGUCGUCGUGCCGCUGUCGCGCGGGGGGUUCCUCGUCGGCAUGCUCGUCGUCGACCGCGGCGUGCCGGGCUCGUACGGCGCGGCGGCCUGGGGCGGCGCGGCGCGCGGACAGGACUGGGCCGGCGCCGACCGCCCGCUCCUGGGGUCCGGGGACGGCGUCGGCGACGUCGUGGACGACGGCGUGGGCGCGCGGGGCGGCGUGAGCGUCGUCGAGGCCUCGGCGGGGUCCCCCGCGCCGCUGUGCGACGAGGACAAGGCCCAGGUGCUGCGCGUGGCCCAGGUGCUGGCGCUGGCGUGCGCGCUGGACCAACGGGCGCUGCUGGCGCGCGUGCAGUCGAUGCACCGCCGCAAGGCGCUGCGGCGCAUGAUCGACGAGACGCGCGGCCCCCUCAGCGCGAUCCGGACCCUCGGGACGAUGCUGUUGCCGCGCAUGCGGGAUGAGGCGGCUGGGCGCGACCUGGCGACGGGGAUGGUGACGCAGGGCAUGCACUUGCAGGAGCUCGUGCGGAACCUGCAGUCCGCGCUCUACGGCACGCCGACGGUCCCGCAGUUCGUCGAGAGCCCCGACACAGUGACGUCGGCCAGCGGGCUGCUCCCCGCCGGCAGCAGCCGGGUGGCGUCGGCGGCGGCGGCGGCCGCCGCGACCGCGAUGGCCGCGACGGGCGACGCGAGCGUGAGCAGCGCCGCGGCGGCGGGCGCGGCGGCGGCGGCAGCAGCUGCCAAUGCCGCCUCGGGGAGCAAUCAGCCUGUGGAGUCCGGGCCGCCCCCGCGGUCGCUCUUGCCGCCGCCGAGGCGCGAGAGCACGGAGCCGCCGCAGCCAGCGAAGCGGCGGACGUGGGAGUGCGACGUGCGGCAGGUUCUGGCGCAGCUCCUGGGCACCGCGCUGCGCGCGGCGAGCGCCAUGGGCGUGAUGAUGGACAUCGGCGACGACCUCUUCCUGUCCUCGCCGCCGACGAGCUCUCCGUCACGGCCGCAGCCUCCGAAGCCGGCGCGGCCUGCGCCGGACGCGGAGGGGGAGUCGUCGGGCUUGGGGGCAGGUGUGCCGACACUCUCGCGCCCGGUCUCGCCGUUGAUAGCCGGCGUGGAGGCGGGGGCGCUGCGACGGGCGCUCGGACACGUGCUGGACUCGGCGCUGCAGCGGAGUCCGCGCGGCGGCGUGGUGCGCGUGCGGGCGGCGCGGGUGCGCGACGGCCGCGUCUGCGUCUCCGUCCGCGACGACGGAGGGCCGCUGACGGAGAACGUGACGAGCGGGGUGACGGCGGACGGAAUCACGCCGAGCUGGGGCCCCGAGGGGGCUGCGUCGCUGCAGGACGCGCUCGAGCGCAUGCAGUCCGGGCUGCCUGCGGGCACGGGAGCAAUGGGGCUGCGUCUCGCGUCGCUGGUGCUUCGGAGCAUGGGCGGGGCGCUGGAGGUGGCGAGCGCGGAGAACGCGGGCACGGAGGUCCGCGUGCUGCUGCCGCAAGCGCAGGAGGGCGCGGCGGGGUGA